AUGCCGGCCAAAUUCUUCACCUUUCGACACAGCAAACCUUCGCAGAUACAGCGGAAGCUCCUCAAUCUCAUUGGUCUGCGGAACCUGAUGUGCCACUUCAACGGCUCACAAGAUGUCCGCCACAUGGACGUAUAUCUCGAAAACAUCCACGAACUAGCCGUGCUCUUCUACGACGAGCCGCGCGCCCUCCUCGCUAGGGCCCUGCGGGACCGGCUCCACGCCGAGGCCGAGCGAACACUGCAAGAGAUCGAGACCCUGACGAUGCUGACAACGUUGCCGGAGGCCGGAGACCCAUGGCUGUUGCACCACAGAAACACGGUUUGCAAUGCUGUCGACGAGCUCGCCAGGGGCUAUCACCUCCCGUCGCAGAAGCAUCCAAUCCUCGUUGCUGCGGCCCGGGAGUGGGCCGCCCACGAGGCGCGCUGGCCUGCCCACCACAUGGGCUGGGAGUACGGCACCUCCAUACCCAUCCCUGAGGUCGAGGAUAUCACGGCGGCGAGGGCCGGAUCUUCAGAUGAGGCGGGCCUGUCAGGCAUGAUGACGGAAGGUAGAUCUUUAGACGAGGCGGAUUUGUCGGACAGGGGUGUCAGUGAACCACAGAAAGACGUGCUCGACGAGGAAGACAGUCUUGCCGAAGAUUUCAUCCUUGUCGACGACGUUAUGCUUAAAGGUGGAGACAUGUCCGAAGAAUAA